AUGACAGAAAGCACGGACACACCCGCGGCCGCAGCGGCAGAAAAGACCCCAACUGAGAAUGGAACCACUGAAACGCCACCAGAAGAGACGCCAGAAAAGGCCACAGAAGAAAAAGAAAAGGAGACCCCUCCGCCGAAGGAGAUGCGCGCCGUGGUCUUAACCGGAUUCGGUGGUCUUAAAACUGUCAAAAUUCUUAAGAAGCCAGAACCCACACCGGCCGAAGGCGAAGUUGUCAUUCGUGUAAAAGCUUGGUAA